AAUAUGCCAUUGCGCAUGCGCUGUGGAUCCUCCAUUCUUAUCCAGCAGCAGCAGCCAGGCGGUUGGAGAGGAGCUGUAAUUUCUGCUGGGUUAAAACACAGAAUUCCCUGGUAAACAACCACUCUGCAAUUAACAUAUUCGCUAGCAAGGAGCUCGACAUGGGCUGCCUUGGAGUGAUGGACUACUAAAUUAUGAAGAGCUGUGUUUCCAGCCCCUACUCCGUCUCCUCUUUCUACUGUACCCAUUCCCAGUGCUGCUGCUGCUGCUGCUGCUAGCCGUUUGGACAAUUCAGAAAGCCCACCAGCUGCUGUCCACACACACACACACACACACAUGGUGCAUUGCUGUCGUGCCCAAGCUUGCAUCUCUAUAUCCCAACCUCGCAGUAACCUUCCACAAACACAGGGUCAACCCCAGGGAUAAAAAUAAAGCUGUUUCUGAUUUCCAGAGCGGUCACCCCUGAGCCUUUGUUUUUUGGUGCUGCUGCUCUAGUAUACCGUAGUGAGAAACACGCAGCCCAGCAUGGAGUACUGCUUGUCACAAGUGAUGCAGAAAGACGUGGGGAAGAGGCUCCAGGUGGGGCAGGAGCUGAUAGACUACAUCUCGGACCGAGAGAAGUCUUCAGAUCUGGAGCACGACCAGACUAUGCUGGAUAGACUGGUGGAUGGGAUUGCCACCUCCUGGGUAAACUCCAGCCAUUUUAAGGUGGCUUUGCUGGGUAUGGACAUUUUAUCUGCCUUAAUCAUGCGAUUACAAGAGCGCUUUAGACCCCAGAUCAGCACAGUCCUGCCAAGUUUAAUUGACAGGCUAGGCGACGCAAAGGAUCAAGUUCGAGACCAGGAUCAAACUCUGCUGCUAAAGAUCAUGGAGCAAGCUGCUAACCCACAGUAUGUUUGGGACCGAAUGCUGGGAGGGUUCAAACACAAGAACAACAGGACCAGAGAGGGAGUCUGCCUCUGUCUUAUUGCAACAUUAAAAAUAUAUGGAGCUCAAGGUUUAACACUAAGCAAAAUUGUACCGCACAUAUGUAAUUUAUUAAGCGAUCCAACGAGUCAGGUUCGCGAGGGAGCAAUGAACUGCCUUGUAGAAAUUUACAGACAUGUAGGGGAGAGGGUGCGCUCAGAUCUCAGUAAAAAGGGAUUACCCCAAUCAAGAUUGAAUGUAAUUUUUGCAAAAUUCGCUGAAGUGCAAAAGUCUGGGAACAUGAUGCAGUCUUCAGAUAAGAGUGUUGAGGAUGAAGACUCUGUGGAUGGGAACAGGCCUUCCUCUGCCAGCUCCGCCUCCUCCAAGGCUCCCCCUAGUGGCAAGAAAGGGGCCAGCAUGGGGAUAGCUCGCAGGCCGAGCUCUGCAGCCGGGCCCAAGACUGCAGGAAAGGAAGCAAGUGCAGGUGCUAUAGAUGAAGAAGACUUCAUUCGGGCGUUUGAUGACGUUCCACCUGUACAGAUCUAUUCCAACAGAGAGCUUGAAGACUCCAUGAACAAGAUCAGAGAAAUCUUAUCGGAUGACAAACACGACUGGGAGCAGAGAGUAGUUGCUCUGAAGAAGGUUCGCUCUUUGCUUCUGGCCGGUGCUGUGGAAUACGACGGCUACUUACAGCAGCUGCGUCUUCUGGAGGGAGCCUUCAAGCUAUCGGCUAAAGAUCUGCGCUCACAAGUUGUGAGGGAGGCUUGCAUCACCCUGGGGCAUCUCUCUACAGUUCUGGGAAACAGAUUUGACCACGGUGCUGAAAGCAUCAUGCCAACUCUCCUCAAUCUAGUUCCUAACAGUGCCAAAAUCAUGGCUACAUCUGGCAUAGCGGCUAUAAACCUCAUCAUACGUCACACACACUACCCCAGGCUGAUUCCCAUCAUGACCAGUAACUGCACAUCGAAAUCUGUAGCUGUUAGAAGGCGCUGCUACACAUUUCUAGAUCUGCUGCUCCAGGAAUGGCAGACGCACUCAUUAGAGAGACACCUGCCGGUCUUGACUGAAACAAUUAAGAAGGGCGUCCACGAUGCAGACUCCGAGGCCAGAUCGGUAGCAAGAAAGUGCUACUGGGGAUUCCAUGGUCAUUUCAAUCGGGAAGCAGAGCUCCUUUUUCAUAACUUGGAGUCUUCUUACCAGAAAGCCCUGCAGUCUCACCUGAAGAACUCGGACAGCAUCGUCUCCUUGCCUCAGUCAGACAGGUCCUCCUCCAGCUCCCAGGAAAGCCUCAACCGUCCUUUGUCUACGAUGCGGCCCCCUGCGGGAAGCAGCGUGUCCAGAGCAUCAGUAGUCGGUUCCAAGUCUGUGAGCACCCCUGGAUCCCUGCAACGCUCUCGCAGUGACGUGGAUGUGAACGCGGCGGCCAGCGCCAAGUCAAGGAUGACGGCAGCUCCCAGCGCCACACCUUUCAGCACCGCGGCUGCCCUGCCCCCGGGCUCCUACGCAUCUUUAGGUGGUACACCCGCUAAAUCAGAGGGCCGAGUGCGCACCAGGAGGCAGAGUUCUGACAGUGCUGCGGGGGGAAGCACAACUCCAGCAGACAACCGGGGCCGCACCCGGGCCAAGGUCUCCCAGUCUCAACGAUCCAGAUCGGCUAACCCUGCUGGUGCGGGCAGUCGCUCCAGCUCUCCAGGGAAGCUCCUGGGGCAGUCAUACAGGAGAGCUCAGCGGGGCGCCUUGGUGUCCACUCCCUCAGAGAAGAGAAGCAAGAUCCCUCACAGUCAGGGCUGCAGCAGAGAGACCAGCCCCAACAGACUGGGAUUAGCCCGGAGCAGCCGUAUCCCUCGACCCAGCAUGAGUCAGGGGUGCAGCCGCGACACCAGUCGUGAGAGCAGUCGAGAUACGAGCCCUGCUCGGGGCUUCACUGCACUGGCUUCCAGGCGUCACUCCAGGUCCACCAGUGCUCUCUCCACUGCUGAGUCUGUCGGACAGCCAGAUCGGUUUGGGCUGUCCCAUCAAGCCAGGAUUUCUGCUUCAGUGAACGCCAUGCGGGUUCUGAGCGCCAGUACAGAGGUGGAGGCUGCAGUCGCUGAUGCACUGCUGUUAGGAGACUCCAGGAAUCAGAGGAAGCCAGUGCGGAGGAGGUUUGAUCCCCCGGGCAUGUACUCCGACGACGAUGCUAACAGCGACGCGUCCAGCGCCUGCUCCGAGCGCUCCUACGGGUCCAGGAACGGGGGUGUCCCUCACUACCUGCGGCAGACCGAGGACGUGGCCGAGGUCCUGAACCACUGUGCCAGCUCCAACUGGUCUGAGAGGAAGGAGGGGCUUGUGGGCCUGCAGAAUCUACUGAAGAGCCAGAGGACACUGAGCCGUGUUGAACUGAAAAGGCUUUGUGAGAUCUUCACCAGAAUGUUUGCUGAUCCUCACAGCAAGGUAUUCAGCAUGUUCUUGGAGACCCUGGUUGAUUUUAUUACCAUCCAUAAAGAGGACCUGCAGGACUGGCUCUUUGUGCUGCUGACACAGUUGUUAAAGAAGAUGGGUGCUGACUUGCUGGGCUCUGUGCAGGCAAAAGUGCAGAAAGCGCUGGAUGUCACCAGGGACUCUUUCCCUUUCGAUCAACAGUUUAACAUUCUGAUGAGGUUUAUAGUCGAUCAAACACAAACGCCAAACCUCAAGGUAAAGGUUGCAAUCCUGAAGUAUAUCGAGUCUCUGGCCAGGCAGAUGGACCCCACUGACUUUGUGAACUCCAGUGAGACUCGACUGGCUGUUUCUCGAAUUAUAACCUGGACAACAGAACCAAAGAGCUCCGACGUGAGAAAGACCCUUCAUAACUGGGUGACUGAUGAGUUGCCUACCAGGUCCAGUACCACCCCUUCAGUGCCUGGGGAAGGAAACCUGGAAGAAAGGUGCAAGCAGGCUGCCCAGGUGGUCCUGAUUUCUCUCUUUGAGUUGAACACCCCUGAGUUCACCAUGCUGCUGGGUGCCUUGCCAAAAACAUUCCAGGACGGUGCCACCAAGCUCCUGCACAGCCACCUGAAGAACUCCAGCAACACCAGCGUGGGCUCUCCAAGCAACACGAUUGGACGAACCCCCUCACGACACUCCAGCAGCAGAACCAGCCCCCUCACCUCGCCAACCAACUGUUCCCAUGGGGGACUGUCGCCAAGUCGCUUGUGGGGUUGGAGUGCUGAUGGGCUGUCCAAGCACCCCCCUCCCCCCGCUCAGCCUCACUCCAUCCCUGCUGCACCCCCUCACAGGGCCUUCAGACGCUCUUACUCUCCCAGCAUGCUGGACUACGACACUGAGAACAUGAACUCGGAUGAGAUCUACAGCUCGCUGCGUGGUGUGACAGAAGCCAUCCAGAGCUUCAGCUACCAGAGCCAGGAGGAUCUGCACGAGCCAAUCAAACGAGAGGGAAAGAAGGACGAUGGAGUGUGCAGAGAGGGUGGGAUGGUGUCUCAGGUGACAGACCUUCGUGUCAGCGUCGAUGCGGUGGAAGGAGGGAGAACAGCUCUCGAUAACAAAACCUCUUUACUCAACACUCCUCCCCCGCGCUCCUUCUCUGGGCCGCGGAGUCGCGAACACAACCCUUACAACUACGCGGACACAAUCAGCACCUACGACAAGAGCGCCCUCAACGAGGCUAUUUUCGAUGGUGAUAUGGAGCAGGGCCGUCGCCAGGACUGCGUUGAAAACAAGAUGUUGCAUCCCAAGGGUUUUACACCUGUUCCCAUUGACCACUCAGACCUGGUGGCUGACCUCCUGAAGGAGCUGUCCAAUCACAACGAGCGUGUGGAGGAGCGGAGGGGCGCCCUGCUGGAGCUCCUGAAGAUCACCCGCGAGGGCAGCCUGGCCGUGUGGGACGAGCACUUCAAGACCAUCCUGCUGCUGCUGCUGGAGACGCUGGGAGACAAGGAGCACUCCAUCAGAGCCCUGGCACUGCGUGUAUUGAAAGAGAUCCUGAGGAACCAGCCGGCACGGUUCAAAAACUACGCAGAGCUCACAAUCAUGAAGACACUGGAGGCACAUAAGGAUUCCCAUAAAGAGGUUGUGAGGGCUGCGGAGGAGGCAGCUUCCACUCUGGCCAGCUCCAUUCACCCUGAACAGUGCAUCAAAGUGCUGUGCCCCAUCAUCCAGACGGCCGAUUACCCCAUUAACCUGGCUGCUAUCAAAAUGCAAACAAAGGUCAUUGAGCGCAUUUCAAAGGAGAGUCUCCACCAGCUCCUCCCAGACAUUAUCCCUGGAUUGCUUCAGGGCUAUGACAACACAGAGAGCAGUGUUCGCAAGGCCAGUGUCUUUUGCCUGGUAGCCAUCUAUUCAGUAAUCGGAGAAGAGCUGAAACCACACCUUGCACAGCUCACUGGAAGCAAGAUGAAGCUGUUGAAUCUGUACAUCAAGAGAGCCCAGACCACCAAUAGCAACAGCAGCUCCUCCUCGGACGUGUCGACUCACAGCUAGCAGAGCAGCGUGGGACUGAAACCUCGUCCGGCAGGAUUGGAUCGCAGAGCUGCGCCUCCACAGAGACCUUUCUGCUCUUGUGUUCACAUCAGCACACUCCUUUGUACAAACCUAGGGGCAAGAUCCUAUUGCAGUCAGUGUUUCAAAUGCUUCUCCUCUUCUCUGUGUAGCAUUCUUUAGCUUUCUCUUCUUCUUUUCAGUCCCCUUUCUUAAAGAGCCAUGAAUGUAAACGAGGCCCAAGUAAGUGUCGAAUCGUGUGUUUUGUUUUUUAAUGUAAGCGCUAAUUUUCACAGGAUUUUGAAAUACGGUAUACGGAAGUUUCACAUUGUAUAUUCAAGUCAAUCAAUUUCUGAUAUUUGAGCGAAGGUAUUUUUUAUUUCUUUUUUUAUAUAUGUAAAUGAAACGGCCAACAAAAAUGUUUUAUUUGCUCUUCACUUAACAUUAUUUAGAAAUAUUCACAUUUUAAUUUAAUUUUUAAAUUGCAACCUGAAAAAAAGCUGCUUGUCCGAGGAUUUGAGUGGUAGAAGUAUUAUUUAAAUUUGAACUUCGAUCUGAAGUUAGGUAACCAAUGGUCCAGCAUUUCCACAAGGUCCUUAUUGAAUAUCCAUUCUUGCUAAUCGUUUUACAUGUUUAGAUAGGGAGGGGGAGGGGGGGGGGGGGGGGGGUCUUUACACUGAUUAGGAUUAAGCAUUUUAAUCUUCAACACAAAUUCCAGUUAACACUUUGAGAUCAUUGGGCAGGCUCAGUGGUACUGUAACGGAAUACUGAACUGAAGGCAACACACUGUAUUGCUGAUGUUUGGGCACAAUGACAUUACCAAGCAUGUUUGCUUUUUACUGAUUCUGAGGAAGCUUUGACUACAUUAGGGUGGCAUUUUGUUUUUUUAAAUAGCUGAUAUAUUGAAGGACCAGUAUUGCACAGCUCUUAACAUUGUUUUGGGGGGCACAGGGCAGUUUAAAAAGAACAAUGCUUUGGUCCAAAGUGUGCUCAGUAAAGUUUGUUUUUUUGUUUGUUUGUUUGUUUUUUAUUUCUUUUAUUUUUUAAGACCAGUGGAAGCAUCUUUUUAUUUGUACUGUUAGUUCAACAUGUCAUAGCAGCUUGAUGGGUAUUUGGAAUUUUGCUGUUAAAAAACAUACUGUGUGUGUGUGUGUGUGUGUGUGUGUGUGUGUGUGUGUGUGUGUGUGUGUGUGUGUUUUAUUAUUGUUUUUACUUUAAUAUUUAAGAUUUCUUUGACGUAGUGAUCAAAGAUCACAUUUCCAAUUGAAAAGACUCCUGAGACAUUUGAAAAUCAAAUCCUGUAUUUUAAGAAGAAAAAUGAAAAGCUAAUUUCGAAUGGAAUACACUGAUGUUUUAACUUUCAGAUACCUAGACAAUCUCAAACGUAUUCUGCUCUGUGUCGUAGAAACUCUAACUUUUUAUUUUAAUCCUCAUAACAGUAAAUAAUAAUAACAAAGUUUUCAUGUCAAGUUAAAUAUGAAAGGACGUUUAACUGUGCUAUACUGCAAAUCCCAAAAUGUAACCAUCUAUUAUUUUCACACUGGCUAGAUGUACUGUAAGUCAAUGCACUGAAUAGUUAACAAAUAUACCCAGAUUUCAGCCACCUACCAGGCACUAUCAAUACCACAACGACACACACACACAUUUAUAUAUGGUUGAUGAUAUCCUGCUUUAAAAUACUAUACCUGCCUAAUGGUGCAUAUACUUUAUUGAAUGUUCUGGUACAUUUUGGGGUGGACAGUAAAGACAGGCCUUACCUUCAUGUCGAAGUACUGUUUCAAUACAGUGACUGUGAACUGAAUGAACGCACAGCUAUGUGUAUUAUUGCUGUUAUUUGUUUGUGUUUUUGUAAAUACCCAGUGCAGUUAACCCAAUUCGUUGGAUCGAGUCAUGUUUUACAUUUUAGUAAAACCCUCGUGCUCUGCUCCCUGGAGUGGAGUUUCUUUUGAAAUCAAAGCAGUUAUCAGACGAUCAAAGAUCAAUUGAUUAUUUUGUACGUUGUUUAAAAUUAAAAAAACCCACAGCUUUUACAAUCUUGUCGGGAAGCAAAAAGGUCUCUUCCUGCCCUGGAGAGCCGGUCCUUGUUCUUUUGCACGCUAGCAGUAUCCAGUAUCUGCAUGUUUCAGUGCCAUCCCCUGUGCUGUGACUGACAGGAUUUAAAAACUACUCAACAGUCAGUCCAGUCUCCCAGUGCACAGAUAUUUACUAACUACUGCAUUUCAAAAUACAUCUGAAAUCUAGUCGCCACUGGUUACCAGGAUUUAGAAUCUUUGUGCCCAUUGUUCCACAGACUGCAUGAGUGUUCUAUGAAAGAACAGAAAUGUUGUAAACACCCAGUGGUUUAAAAGUCCUCUCUAGUUCUCAUGUAGUGCAACAUACUGAGGCAUGUGGCUUUCUGCAAAGGUACACUGUGUGUGCUUGCCCUGACUGGAACUGGCCGUACCUUUUUUUUUUUUUACUCGCUUACUACUAACAGCUUAUUAAGAACAUGUAUAAGUAAUUUGCAUUUGUCAUAUAAAAACCUGCUUCCCUUUGUAGAUGAGAAUCAAUGAAAUGUCUACACAAGGGAAAGAAGUCCGACUUUUUUUUGUAGAAAUCAGCAAGUCUGCUAAACAUAAUGUUUAACUGUUCCUCUAUUCUGCAGAUGCAUCAUGCAUUAGAAAUGGGAUUUCUAGCAGAGUGUUCACUGCGCUUGCUUUUGUCAUGUAAAAUCCAUGUCUGUAUUUAUAUUAUUUGUUUUAUUUUGUGUAUUGCGAAGACUGUACAGACAACGACAUGGUUUUUGUUAACAUCCACUUGUGAUAGAAUUUGCUAAAAAUAUACACUCGUUUGCUCUAGAAAUAAAACCAACUUCAAAAGGUG